AUGAGGGAUUGGGCUAAACCCUUUGGAGAGAACAUUCUGACUGCUCUCGACGAUUAUUUGAAAGCUGUUGAGGAGAAAAUUCUGGAGGAAUUCGAUGGACAGGAAAAUAUCGUUGAAAAGGCUCACGAAGCACUGCUUUUGAUCCAAAAAGCAGAAUCGGAUCCCGAUCAGACAUCGACACAAAAACAGAAAACGAUUGACUACAUUCUGUUCUCUCAAACAAUUCCCGUAAGGACGAUUGUUUCCGUUGCCCGGAACAAUGCCGUUUGUGUGCCAAGAACGACGACAACUUCGGCGCCAACAACAACAACAAUGAAUCCGGUGACAACGGCUUCUUCAACUGAACAACCAACUGAUGGACCGUCAACAACUCAACAACCAACCAAUCUUCCAUCUGGAGAACCAUCAGAUGAACCGCUCACUCAUUCACCAACAGAUGAGCCGGUAACUGAAGCUCCCACCGAACAACCAACUGGAGAACCAUCAACUGCCGCCCCAACUGGUGAACCUACUGAUCAGCCAACUACCGAAUCUCAAACUGAACAACCCACAAAUGCCCCAACUGAUGAACCAAUCACUGGAGAGCCAUCUACUUCCGAUCCAUCACAUGAGCCUGUCACUGACGCUCCAACUGGUCAACCAUCGACAAAUGCCCCAACUGAUUCACCCACUGAACAGCCCACUGAUGCUCCAACACAAGCACCAAGUGAUCAACCAUCGACUGGUGUACCCAGCAAUGAACCAUCCGCUGCAACGCCGUCAUCUCAGCCGUCGACUGGAGCUCCAACGGAUCAACCAUCCACUCCAGGAGAACCAUCAACCCAAUCAUCUACCGCAGAACCAACGAAUGUUCCCUCUGGAGAACCGAGCACAGAACAACCUGAGGAACCCACAAAUGGACCAACUGGAGAACCAUCAACUGCUGCUCCAUCAGAUGCACCGGUGACUGAUCAACCCACCGACAAACCACCAACCGAUCUCCCAACUGAUGGACCAGUAACAGAUAGUCCGACCGGAGAGCCAUCCACUCAUCAACCAUCAAAUGAACCAUCAACAGCUUCUCCCACCGAACAAUCUACUGGAGCUCCUUCUGAUGAACCAAGCACCAAUGGGCCAAGCGAAGAGCCAGUGACUGAUGGACCAUCGACUGGAGUUCCAUCGGAAAGACCUGUGACUGAUGGACCGACAGAGAAGCCGACUACUGGAGCUCCAUCUGAGCAACCAAUCACUCAAGAUUCAACAACAGUUUCUCCAUCAGAAAGCCCAACUGAUCAACCAUCAGACGAGCCGUCAACUCCAACGAUUACCCAACAACCAACAGAAGAAUCGACAAGUGAGGCUCCCACUCAACCACCAACAAAUCGAACGCAUACAGAUGGACCGUCAACUGGAGUGCCGAGUGAGGCAACAACG